AUGCAAAGAUCCGAGUUAUAUGUACAAGGAAACGAAGAGUCAACGGACAUCUACACGACUAGGGUUGCAGGAAUGGCUGCAAAUCCUGCUGCGCGGGCUACAUUCUACAGGCAGGACACCAUGACUGCGAACUGGUUCAAUGGCUAUAUGCUAGAGAGGUUUCCCGGAAAGGUGGACAAAGUUUUUACGUUGAAGAACAUUUUCGUACUCACAUGUGCGCUUUUUUGCAUGCUGUUUCUGUUCUUCACAUACAGCACAAUCAGCUUGAUAUAUUACGACAGAACUGAAGGGCUAGAUUGCGAGGAGUUUAUGGUAAAUAACGAGGGGUUGUUUUCCAAGCAAAUAGACUAUCUGAGAACAGUUCUGAAUUUACCCGCAGAGCCAAUAGAGUAG